AUUAGCUAUCAAUUUCAUAUUAGUAUUUGGCUACCCAUUCUUUAAUUCAAAGUACUAAACAAAAAAUAUUCCAGAGGCAAGUGACAAGUCAAGUGAACGUCUGUUUGCACUCCAUUACUCCCGAUCCAAUGUAUAGCGUGUAUUGCACACAGUGUCAGGUGUAGCACCCUAUGACAGGUGCUUCAACAAGGUCCUGACAACUAUCACAGAUAAUGAUCAUGAGUGAAAGCCCCGAGUCAACAAUGAUGUAAGUGGAAUCAUGGAGUAGUGUGACAGUGGAGUGGUUGUCCUGCACACAUGACCGGUUGUAGAUGAGCUGAUAUACCUGUCAUGAAGACUGCACUGGUGAAAGUCCAACGUAGUGAGAGAGUACUGUCUCAAAGGAAGGGCACAUUUCUGAGCAUUGACUAGUGGGCUAUUAGUGGACUGUCAGGAACAUAUACAGUUUAUCUCCAGAAACAAUUUGUUGCCUAUUCCAGUAGGAAUGUGUGUGCCCUAGAAACCACCCAUAGCAGAUCCUCCUUCAGCAUGAAGAAUUUGCUUUGAAGGGGCCAUCUUCAAGUUCAGACGCCAUCUUCAACCGCAUCUUCCAGGAUUAUGACAAUGGCAGUGUGAGUGAGUGAGUGAGUUGAUUUCACGCCAAUUUUAGUAAUAUUCCAGCAAUGUCACGGCGAGGGACACCAGAAAUGGGCUUCACACAUUGUACCCAUGUCGGGAAUCGUUCCCAGGUCUUCAGUGUGACGAGCAAACGCUUUAACCACUAGGCUACACGACCGCCCCUGACAAUGGCAGAACCAGUGCGGCUGUCCAAGUCACUUGAAAAUCUGGCAGCAGAUGACAUGACACCGUCUCUUGCUGACAAGAAGAGCUUCUCUAAAUCGGUGGACAAUCUGGAGGAUGAAUUCAGUCUUCAGUCUGCUGACAAGACCUCUGUCGAUCUAAAUAAUUACUUUGAUGAUAAUGAAGAAGGGACAGAUGAAGAUUCCAAAUCAGAAACCUUUGAUAACAAUGAUCUAGGUUAUGAUGAAAAUGAAGGAUCAAACGGCUUAGAAAACAUGGAGGCAUCUUUGUCUCGCAUGACAAGGGUUGUAGAUUCAGCUGACCAGUCAGACUGUGUAUCAAGUGAACUGGAACCAAGGAAAGACUUGGAAACAUCUUUCUAUGAAUCAAAUUCAAAAUCAUCAUCCUCAAAACACAGCAAUGUCAUGAAAAACAUGUUAAUUAUUCAUGGUAAAGAAAAAUCAGUUUUAGAUAAGAACUGGGAAGAAGUCAAAAUUGACAAGGACUUACAAGUUUCUGUGAAUGAAUUUCUUAAAGGAUUUUUUGAAAGUUAUUUGAAUGGAGCUCCAAAUGAUGAGAGGAUUCUGCUCAUCAAAGCUUUGCAUGAACGUGCUCUGAAGGCAGAAAUAUCAAAAUGGUUGUGUGCAAAGUUACAGAUAGAACGAGAUGGUUGGUCACUGAAACUGAGGAUGGCCCUGAAGGAGGUUGAGGAGAACAGGAAGACAGCACUAAAGGCAGCAGCAAUACUCCAGGACUGCAGCAGCCAGCUCCGCCUUCUGCUGGAGUGUUUCAGCAUCAGUGACUCACUGCUGGACUCCAUACCUCACAGCAGUAGCAGGGAAGAAAUACAGAGAUCCCUGGAACUGUUGGUGGAGAUCUGUAAUGCCUUGAUGGAGGACCGUUUCCAGUGCAUGCAGCUUCUGGACAUGGAGGAGGAGGAGCAGGAAGGGGGAGAGAUGCUGGCUGUGAGGCUGCGGCAGCAACUUCUGGUGCAGCAACACUCAUGCAAACAUCAGGUGCAGGAGGCCACAGAGAAAACCAAGCAGGCCGAAUCAGAGAACCUGAAGCUGCUGAAGGAGGUGGUAAAGAUGAAGAAAGUGCUUGGACAGAAGCAGCAAGAUGUAGAAUGGCUGCGUCAACAGAUGACUGACAUCAAUGAAGUGGUAGCAGCUAAACAGGUGAAGGUGCUGGAUAAAUCGACAUCAACAGAAUCAACGGCUGACCAGUCCAGACCAAACAAGUCUCAGAGACCAUUAACAGAAAGUGUCAUUUCCACACAAAAGACAUCUUCUACCAAAAUGAGCCAGAGGCCAGCAACUGAAACCCAGACGUCCACAAAAGGCAAAGAGGCCUCUGUGAUCCAUAUAUCCCAGGAGAAACUCCAUGCACUGAAACAGAGGGCCAAGAAACUAGAGGAUUCCCUCCAUGAUGCCAUAGCAAGCAUGGACAGACUGCGCAAAUCCACAGGGCCAGUGACUAACAGCCACAACCUCAGCUUAGCAAAUGACAUUGACCUGUCCCCUCUGAUACUAAAUGGAGAUGGGCAGGCAUCUUCAAGUAGACAUACCGGCAGCAAAAAGAAUUGGCAAAGAGCUUCUUUUGAAGUGAAAGGUGCUCCGAAUACAAUGACAACAAAAACUCUCAAUCCUAUACCGAAACUGAAUCUUAAGCAUUCAAGUAAACACAACGAUAAACGUAGCAUAUCUGAGAGAGGUCCUCCCAAGGAAACAUACAGGCAACUUGAAGUAAAAAAGACUGCAGAAUUGUCUGCAACUCUGGCUCAUCUCAAAGCUUUCAAACCUCAGGUAGGCAAGGUAUCCAAGUGCCUCAGGUGUCAGAAAUUGUUUCGGUCAAUCGACAAUCACAAGUUGGCCUGUCUCUACCAUGCUAAGAGUAAAGAGCGAGUAGAGAAGUAUACUGAAGGUGGUCAACUGGUUCGUGUUCUGUAUAUGUGGACUUGCUGUAAACAAGAGGUGGACUCGGAAGGGUGCUGCUAUGGACAGCAUGUAUGACAUCAGCCUUAUACUGUCCAUAUUGUGUAGGAUAUACUCAGGAUAAUGUGUGGGUGAUUGAGAUUGUUGUCACGCCACCUAACUUUCAGUAUUUCAGGUGUAUGAAGUGUCAGCCAAAUGUAGGAGGAAAGGAUAAUGUGACACAGCUGAACCUUCUAGCAAGGAUAUGGUCCUGACAGUCUAAAGGAUAAUAAUUUAAGCUCCCUGGGAUUGGAUGGUUAGGUUUGCUUACUAGGUUGAUUUCAUGUCAAUCACUGGAUUGUCUGGUCAAGACUGGGAUGUACUACCAUGCCUUGGCGCCUUACACCACUGGGCCAACCAUGUAGUGUAAUGAGUUUUUCUGUGAACAGCUAGUGUCAUUGUGAUAGUUUGAUGGUGAUUCAUGGGCACAUCCAUAUGAUAUGGUCGGAAUCUUUCUGUGGACUGCUUUUAGCUGAGAUUUCCUACAUGAUUAUGGAAAUGGUUUUGUUUCUAUUAUUUAUGUGUGCUCCAAUAUUUGGGCAUCUUUUUGGCAAGUACUUGAGGGGAACCAUGGAUAUUAAGCCUGCCUAAGAACCAGCGUUUGAAAUUGGCACUAGUCCUGUAGUCCUUGCCAAACUGCCCAAUAGUUAAGGUAUCAUAAGGACUAGUAGAAAUUUGCACUUUUCAAAGGUUUUGCUGUAUGUUAUCAUUAUAAGGACUAGUGGACUAAAACUGUUAGUUUCUACCGCUGAAGAACCGUUUACGUGUAUGAAGAAAUUGUAUGUAAUAGCAUGAACUCUAUUUAGUUUUUAUUUAUUGACUCUUCAGAAACAGGUCUUUUGGCUAGGCAUUUUUUUACAUGACAACUGAUUUGUUUUGUCAUGAUUCUUCUAACGCAGACACUUGUUUAUGUCAGGGUGAAUCAAUUUUGGGGGCAUACAUAACACAACCACAACUUCCUCGAAACCAAUUUAUUUUUGUCACACAAUAAUUGGUUCAUUGACAUGAAUGAAUGCUCCAUAAAAGAAUAUGAAUUAAUGAAAACGUUGUACAUGUACCUGCUCAUGGUAUAUGUUGAAAAGAUAUGCAAGAUAUUGGAAAAUAAGAAUACACUUACAAACACGAAUUGUUGAAAUAUAUUCAUUUUAUGAAGAUAAAUCCUGUUCUCAUUCAACUGGUGAAGAGUAAUGUGAACUGUCAACUAUGCAAUAAUAUAGUGAUAUUUCUGUAAUGGUGUUCCAUUUUGUCAAAGAAGGAUCUAUGACUACACAUUUUAGCUGCGAUAUGAAUUUUUCUUUUACUGUGAUAUCAUUGUGAUAAUUGAAUUUAUUUGAAAUAAACAAAACAUCUCUUAUAAAACAUUGUAAGUAGUUUAAAAACCAGACUGGUACUGACUUUUGACUGAAGUGCAACUUCACAUUUCAUUCGAAAUAACAAUUACUCUAAAAACAAUUGUAAACAAUAACCAUUGUAUGAUUUUCUUCUUUCAUAACAUAUACUACAGUGAUCACUACAAAGCUACCUUUGGGGUCCAAACAAUUUAUGAGAGUUAUAGACGAUCAGCUGUUUAACCGAGGUGGAGUCAUAGGGGGUAGAUAACCAACACAACAGUACAUGCUCUGCCCACCUAACAUGAUCUAUGCUGCACGUUUCAGAGUUUGAAAAAAGAUUAGAAUAGUAGUUGUUUAAGAUUCAUAGCGUAAACAAAAGAUUUAUCAAGUGUUAUGCACUUUAAAAAAAACCCAUCGUAUUGCUUCAGCAAAUUCAGGUGUCUAUAUAGCGAUAAUCUGUCUGUGGUUUCUG